CAGCAGAGUUUGUUGUUCAGUUUGUGUUGUGCUGCCCAUCGAGGAGGAAGAGACAAUCAACAGUGGUACCCCAGAUAGUCGCGCGCUUGUUCGGUGAAUGAAGUGCGAGGGAUGAAUUCGUGUGGAUUUGUGUGAUGUUAGGACGAGAUAGGAGGAUUCAGGAAUAAAUGAACCAGACGCAGUGAAUGUUGAACAAGAGAGAAAAUUGCUCUCGAUCGUGUGGCAGAUGUUUCAAGUGGUUUUUUUUUGGGCAGAUUUUUGAUGUGAUUGCCUCUAGCCCAGGCAUAUGUGCUUAAACCACGGCUCAUCCAUUGGGCGAAAAACACCAAACAUUUUAUACAGAAGUGGAUACAAACAAUGAGAAAAUAUUUCUGUGGUUUCCCUCGGUAUUAACCAGAUAAAAAAAAGCAGACCCAAGAGUGCAAUUGUGAGAAUAAAACACGCAGAGGGUGAUAGAGAAUUGUGCCUGGGAAUACAUUAAAUCCUCCUCAUUAAGAUUUUUCAUUGGAUCGGACUGAGAGAUCUCACGGAGUGGUAACAAAUUUCCUCAAUUAGUAAUAUUGAUGGGAGCUGGGAAGAAGAAUAUAAAAUUCCGGGUUUAAUGAAACAUCAAAGUGCAUCGAUAGAAGAGGUUUAAUUAAAAAACGCCCAUCUUCCUUCAUCGUCAAGUGAUUAGAGAGACUGCGUGAGGAGGGGAAUAUUUUCCAACAAAUGGCCUAAGAUUGUGCUGUGGAACAAUGUGAAAUGGAAUCUGGCAGUGUCUUGAGUGAACCCUCAUCUACGGCCUUUGGCACAAAUCGCGGUAUUUAUGGUGCUCCAGAGAGAACAACAUCAAUGACAAUCCUAUCGACUGGAGGAGCACCCGUAUCAGCCACAACACCACAGGGGAAACCAAGAAUGGCUCAUCUGGAGACACUAGAAGCAAAGAUGGCCAGUAUCGAAGUAUCACUGAGCGGAAGCACGCCAAGAAGACGCAAAGGAACAUCUCUUGGUGGAAGUUCAUCCGUUAGAUCAUCCCCAAGACCAGAAUCUGCCCCCGCGAAAGAAGUACGAUCAGCCCUGCAGGACAGAGAGGCCAUCAUCCAGAGUCUGAGGAUGCAACUGGGACUGGGAAAGUUACCACGGCCGUGUGGAACACCUCUAGAGGAGAAUGAACGUCCAGCUGCUGAGCAGAGACUUCACAGGCUCAAAAUUGAUGCAGAGAACAAGAAGAUCGCCAUUAGAAACCUCAAGUCUGCUUUGGAUAAACUCGAUAUCACAGACAAUAUCGAUGUAAGGAUACGCCAGGCAGAGUUGGAAUAUGCUCUUGGACGGGAAGAGCUUCAACUGCUGUCUCUCGUGGAAGAAAUCCAGGCUCUUCAGUCACGGCUGGAGAAAUCAAAACCUGAAGCCAAUUCCAUUUACAGCAUCCUCCAGAAUGGCACUAACUUAAGUCUCCAUGCAGUCCACGUGACUGUUGGUCGCUGGGCAGCGACGUCCAGGAACGACUGUCCGGGCAUGUGGAUUGAAUGGGCACUUGAAGGUGAGGGUCUCUAUCGCGGAGAUAGAAUCAUUGAAGUGAAUGGAAAGAUUCUCAGUGGAAGAACCCGUGAGGAACUCCAGAGAUUGAUUGGAAAUACCAGUCGAUGUCAGCUGGUAGUUAUCCGUCAGAGAGCCAUGCCUUUUGCUCAGCAGCAGUUGCUUCAGAGUCAGGAGGACAACAUGCGGCUGCAGCAUCGCAUCUCUUAUUUGGAGGACCAGGUUAAGGAAUUGCAGGAGAAUAAAGAGUCUCGCUCAUCACCAACGAACAAUGCUCAUGUUACGAGUAUUAGUAUCUCAUCACCUAAUCCCAAAGUACCGGACAAGCCUGAGAUCUUCCAGCGUGGCAACUUCAUUACGACAAUCGUUGAUGGGAAACCCACCAAAAGUCCACCGUCUGUGGCUCAGUUGUCCAAAGCCACUCACGUCACGAAGACAACCAUCGUCAAAGACUCCGCCACCAAUGGCCAUGUGAAUGGUGAUGAGAAUGUCAGGAAGAAUUUGUCCACUUCCACAGUGUCUCUUACUAGCAAUGUGUCAUCAAAGAGAGAUAUCGACGAGGCACGUCGGGAGAGAUACGCUCAGAGAUCCAGUCGGAUUGCUACUUGCCAUGGGCAUCAUCAGCAUAUUUCACGAAGUGGGGAUCAUCUUCAUGAGUACACCAGCAAAUCUGCAAGUACUGAUCGGAAACUGGAAAGUUUGACACGCAAAGUCAAUGGACACCAGAACCACUUAAACCACCAGAGAACCCAUGAUCUCAGGAGUGUCAAGAGCCUGGAUUUUGACUCAGACUGUGGUGGGCAACAGAGGGAUGUGGACUAUACGUCAGAACCCUUGGGUUCGAAGCCCUUGAGGCCAUUGCCACCAAAGAAACCCCUAAGGUUGUCGCUUCAGCGGGCACAGAGUUUGCAGACGGUGGAGGGUGCACUGACGGAAUUGGACAAGAAGAGGGCUAGCAAGAGACCCCAUCGAGGCAUGACACCCUUCAAUGGAGAUCAGUCAAAUGCUCUGCACACUGCCUCACUUGGACGCAACAAGUAUAUUUAGCACCUCCCGUCGUUGUUUCUUUUCUUCAGUAAACAAAUAAUGAUAAAAUUGAUUUGCAAAGCUCUCUAUCACUUCCUCUGUAUCACUCCUAGGCAAUAUAUAUAUUAUAAGAAUAGAUACAACACAUCAAAUAUAAUUUUGUGGUGAAGAAGAA